CAGUAACAGAAUAAUAAACAAACUAAACUAAAACUGAACCAAUAACAGAGUAGGGGUGCGUAAUGCGCAUCGCAGUUCCAACGACGACGACGACUUCCAUGGCCGGCGACGAGAGACAAACUUCUUACCGUGUUCUGGCGGAUCGGUGUCGGACACUGGAGGAGGAACAAGCCAAGCUCAGGGAACAGUUCCGCCAACUCUUGCAGGAGAAGGAAGAGGAAGAAGAAGAAGUGGUGGUUGCAGAUUCAACGCUGCGUUUUCUUUCGGGGAACUUCUUCUCGGAUAGUCCGUACGCUAGCGUGUUGAAAUGCAUGGGACACGCCGUUCAUGUCUACAGAGCUUCCUCCGGUGAGAUCAUAUAUUGGAAUCGUUCAGCAGAAACACUGUAUGGAUGGAAAGACUAUGAAAUCAUUGGUCAAAGAGUUGCUAAGUUCCUUGUUACCGAAGAGUGUUAUGAAUCUCUGCAGAAUAUUCUAGAAAGGUUGAUCAGAGGAGUUCCAUGGUCUGGAAAGUUUCCUUUCAAGAAGAGAUCUGGUGAAGUAUUCAUAGCAAUAGUGACUAAAACUCCUCUUUAUGAGGAUGGUGAGCUUGUUGGUAUUAUCACUGUUUCUAGUGAUGCCGCUGUAUUUAACUCAAUGGAUUCAGAAAAUAGAAGUUACCAACCUGGUAACAAUGGCAAAGCUGGAGGACAGAGGAUAAAUUUCAAAAGAAUUCAGUGGCCUCCACGACCGUUGAUUGCAUCAUCUGUCUCUAAUCUGGCAUCAAAGAUUCUCCUAAAUCGGCAUCCGGAUGAUGCAUUUUCCAGGAAUACUACAACAGAUGGAGAUGAAGAAAAACACAGCAUUCAUGAAAAAGAACGUCAUUCUAGUCAUCAGAGAAGUGAAAACAGAACUUUUAGGGAGGUGUCCGAGAAGGUUAAGUCUACUAUUGCAGCCAGAGUCCUAGCCAAGCUACAAACAGGGGGAAGUGAAAAAUGUGGGAAGGAUGAUGGAAGCAUUAAAAGUAAUUGCACGAAUGAUUGUUCCGGAAGUAAGAGAGUGAAUAAUGAGGGUGAUUCUUCUGGAGGCUCAGUAGCUUUAACUCCACGCAAGGAUGGUGCUAAUGAAGAGGAUAGAGAAGACCCAUUGUUAAGAUUACACUGCAAAUUUAAUCCAAAGAAAAAGGAACAAGAAGCUAUAAAUAUGGUGAUAGAAGAUGAAAUGAAAAAGCAACAAGAAGGACUGCAAUUGCAAAGUACACGAGAAAGCACUGGCAGUAAUGGAGGCAGUAAUGGAAGUUCAUCAAGUAAGGGUGACAAUGAGUCAAACUCUAUUGUGAAGUCUGAAAUCCAUUGGGAAAACCUUCAAUUAAGAGAGGAGAUUGGUCAAGGGUCUUAUGCAGUUGUGUAUCACGGAAUAUGGAAUGGAUCGGAUGUUGCUGUCAAGGUUUACUUUGGGAAUGGAUACACAGAGGAGACCUUACAUGACUACAAAAAAGAGAUUGAUAUAAUGAAGAGACUAAGACACCCUAAUGUAUUACUUUUCAUGGGAGCAGUAUAUUCGCAGGAAAGGCUUGCCAUUGUAACAGAACUAUUACCUAGGGGAAGCCUUUUCAAAAUUCUGCACAAGAGUAAUCAGCCACUAGAUAUCAGAAGGCUUUUAAGGAUGGCUCUUGAUGUUGCUAAAGGUAUGAAUUAUCUUCAUCAUAGAAAUCCACCCAUUGUGCAUAGAGACCUAAAGUCUUCUAAUCUGCUUGUUGAUAAAAACUGGACUGUCAAGGUUGGAGACUUUGGUUUGUCAAGGUUGAAGGAUUCAACUUUAUUGACUUCAAAAGGAAGAGGCACUCCUCAAUGGAUGGCCCCUGAAGUCCUACGAAAUGAGCCUUCCAAUGAAAAGUCGGAUGUGUACAGUUUUGGUGUCAUCCUCUGGGAACUAAUGACUCAGUCCAUUCCAUGGGAAAAUUUGAAUUCCUUACAGGUGGUUGGAGUAGUAGGAUUUAUGGAUAGAAGACUUGAGCUUCCGGAAGGGCUUGAUCCCCAAGUGGCAUCAGUCAUUCGUGACUGCUGGCAAAGUGACCCAGAACAACGCCCAUCGUUUCAAGAGCUAAUACAGAGAAUGAUGUUCCUUGUUAACAAAGUAAACGCAGUGUCAAUUAGGAGAAAUUCAGAAUCAUAAACUUGUUAUGUGGUCUGGGUUUAUGAAUAGCAACUGAAAAGUCCUAGCCGAACAAAAUUGAGCGCAACAGAACAUCCUUCCUAGUUCCUUCCAAUAUGAGAGAAUUGGAAGACUUUGAGAAGAAUAGCUGGUUGAUCAUUGUGAUUCUUGUCACUCAUGUAGUUAUGGAUUCAAAGUGACUUGAGAUGAUGCUGACCAAUGACGGGCGCCUUCCAUGAAAGCCAAGAAUCGAAUUGAACCCAUCUUCAUCAUUCACAGAGAAAUGCUAAAUUCAAACUAGAACAUAGAAUGCAUAGAAUGUACAAGCUAGAACAUAGAACAUAGAAUGUACAUUCCUUACUUCGAAUGGAAUAAUUCAGAAGUUAAUGGUUGAACCUAUAAAUUAGUCAUACUAAUACAAUGUCAUGUAUUUAUUGCUAUUCAAUAUCUAAACAUUUGAGUCGAGCGUUCUAGUUGGAACGCAUGAUCCAUUUAACUACGUGAACUUUUUUGCUAGAAAUGGUUGCAUUCAUGUGAUUAUAUUCACAUGUACGUUGAAGUUAAAAGAGAUGUCCAAGUUUCACAUGUGGCUAAGGUUCAAUAAUCAAUCGAUGGGGAACUCAACAAUCCUAGUCCAAACAAAAGUUCUAGACCGCAUUAUUCUAUAUA